AUGGAUCAUACAGGUAUGGACCACGGUGGCAUGGACCACGAUAUGCCAGGGAUGAAAAUGUGCAAGAUGGCCAUGACGCUCAACAGUGACUACGAGAACUUGUGCAUUUUGACCGAGACACUGAUGGUGACCAACAAGCCGCAGCUUGUUUUUGCGAUGACUGGUAUCGCUUUGUUCUCGCUGGGAUACGAGUACUUUAAGUUGUUCGUGGAUAGGAUGCAGGCCAGAUACUCACAAUACCUGAAGAGUAACACGGUGACAGAAAACGAGAGAGUCAAGUACAAGGUCCGGUUAUCGGCAGCAUACGCAUUCAGCGUCGGAUACUCCUUCAUCAUCAUGUUGCUGUUCAUGUCCUUCAACGUCUGGGUAAUGCUUGCCGUGUGUAUCGGUGCUGGUUUGGGACACUACGCCUUUGGAGGGUCGUCUUCCACGGCAUCCCUAGUGUGCCAC